AUGAAAGGAAUGUUCUCUUGGGCGAGAGUCUUUAGCUCCAAGCUGCUGAACGCUCCAAGAAGGGGGGCGCAAAGGUAUACCAUACCCUCUGACGAACAGGUUCCCAGUAAGACUGUGCAAUGCCUGGAUUCUCUACUGAAGAUUUUGGCACAACACUCCAUAAUACGAGAUUCAACAACAACAAGAGGAAACGACAAGCAAUGGACGCCCAAGAGACCCUCGGUGAGAAGGGGGAAGGCUAAGGAGAAACUAUCCAAGAACAAGAAGAGGCGGCUGGAGAGCCUCGAAGACUGCACCAGCCACGAGAAGACGGUCACUGAAGGCUGUGCAGAGAUGAAACAUCGCGCGAGCCGGCAAGAACACAAAAAUCAGAGGGACGGGAAUGACAUCAAAGGCAAGAAAACGAUGAGCGUGGAGUGUUUUCAUCCGAUUAUGGACCGCACCAAGAAGAAAAAGAGGCAGAACAAGGACGACGACGAGAAACAGAACAAGAGGAAGAAACAGGACACGGAGGAAACGGAAAACCAGGACAAGAAAAGGAAGAGGCAGGUUAAUGACGACGACGAGAAGCAAAACAAGAAGAGGCAAAGGCAGGUUACGGACGAUGACGAGAAGCAGGACAAGAAGAGGAAGAGGCUAGACACGGAGGACGACGAGAAGCAGGACAAGAAGAGGAAGAGGCAGAACAAGGACGACGACGAGAAACAGAACAAGAGGAAGAAACAGGACACGGAGGAAACGGAAAACCAGGACAAGAAAAGGAAGAGGCAGGUUAAUGACGACGACGAGAAGCAGAACAAGAAGAGGCAGAGGCAGGUUACGGACGAUGACGAGAAGCAGGACAAGAAGAGGAAGAGGCUAGACACGGAGGACGACGAGAAGCAGGACAAGAAGAGGAAGAGGCAGGUUAAGGACGACGACGCGAAGCAGGACAAGAAGAGGAAGAGGCAGGACGCGGAGGGCGACGAGAAGCAGGCAAAGAAGAGCAGGGGGGAUGGCAGGAGAGAACGAAAGAAGGGGGGGAAGAUGGAGUGCUGUCAAUGCGUUAAGCACGGCAUCAAGAGAUGGAAGAUGAGAGGGUGGUACAAAGACGACGUGGUGAGGCUGAUGGUGGAUGCCAAGAGAGUCAGCAAGGAGAGGAACGUGAGCAGGUGGUGCCGUCUUAAUAUUGGGAAAGAAAACCUGGUGUCCGCGACCGUGCGCGGCCACGCGUGCCUUGUCCAGCUUGACAGCGGCUCCUCAUGCAGCCUCAUGAGGCUAACACUGGCCCGGAGGCUGGGAAUCGUCACGGGCAAGCAAGAGACGGUAAAGAAAUACUUGUUUACCUGGGCUGGCAUGCUGGAGUUGGACGUGAUCGAGCUGGACGAGGUGGUGGUGAUGCUGCGUCGCUACGUGGCGGUCAACACGCGGAUGACGGUCAUUGUACGCGGGGAUGUGAGGAAGCACUCCUUGGAUCUAAUAGUUAUGUCCAUGAGCCGCCUGCAGGAGGCCGAGGUGCGGCAGGAGUUCCAUCCCGACGACAGCAGCAUCCUGUUCCUGCGUCAACCAAAACGUCUGCGGCGGAGACAACCUUCGGACACACAACGCAAAACGUUCAUGUUUGCCGCACGAGCGUUAGGCAUCGAGGAGCCGCUGACGGUGAUGGUGAACACUGGUAACGCGUCAACAUUCUCUAUCACUAAGACUAGUCAGGACAAGAUGCUGUGCAGGACAGGCAAAUCGACUGUGCUGCCGAAACGAGUCCUGCUGCACUUUGGCAGCGGCACAGACACUCUGCGAAAGAUGGACACGAUAUACAUGCGCCACUGGUUUGAUUUCGUGUUUGGACGAACGCUGCUGUGUAAAUUACAAGCAGCGAUAGAUUAUGAUGAUUUGUCCAUGACCUUGACGCUCAACGGAAAACGAUACCGCUUCGACAUCCUCACUCACGUCCUCCGUCUGUGUACGCCCAGAGGUGCCGCGUCCUCUCAGCCUCCGCCUUGAUUUUAUUGAUUGACUGAUUUUUUUGUUUUGUUUCGAUUUGUUAUCCAUCAGGGAGGUCAGCAGAGGCAAGAAAUAGAUGAAUAAAAAUCCCGCUCAAAGAAGAUCCCAAAACGAAAAUAGGAGCAGUGAAUAGAGUAGAAAAAAUAGUCUGGAUUAAGGAUAUAAAACUGUGUUCUUCAUUAAGGAUAUUAGACUAAGAAAAUGAAGAUUAUGGACAGUAAAUCAGGGUUGUUAAGA